AUGAUACGUGUGAAUAUCACAUCGACACUCCACUCAGAGACAGGCCAUAGCCUUGUGCUUCUUAGCUCGUUCCUCAAGAUGUUGCCUCAUCGUGCAAUAGUGGGAUUGGCUCUCAAUGGAGGUGGUUCAAGAUCAUUCUCGAUCACACUCCGGAGAUCAUGUGCACGGAGCUUCAGUCUUGCACACCAAGCUCGACAGCCAACCAUGCUGCUGGCCACAUGUUGCUUUGCAGUCCAGCUUUCAACAGAUAUUAUGAGGCUGGUUAAGCGCCUUGAUGGCAUCUUCAAAAUGUAUACAGAUGAUUUUAUCCGUCAUUGCAAUGAGAAAUAUCUGGAGGGGGAUUUGGAAGUUCCGAAAACUUGGACAACCUCAUUUGGUAGUGUCAAGUUUAAAACUUUAAGCCAAGAUGAAAUAAAAAACAGUUCACGUGGUAGUAGUGCUUCAGAUGAUAGAUGUUACUUAGAGAACUCAAAAGUCAGUGAGAGCUUACUGCUGAUGAAGUUCUACUCUUUAUCAUCGGGUGUUGUGAGCCACCUUCUCUUUGAUCAUGAUGGAAGAGAACCAGAACUUCCAUUCGAGGUGACAGACCAUGAACGUGAUAUAAUUUUAUUCCCAAGAAGCACUUUUAUAUUAGGCAGGUCAGGCACCGGGAAGACUACUGUGCUGACUAUGAAGUUGUUUAAGCAAGAGCAACUGCACCUGUUAGCAACUGAAGGUUUUGAUGCAGUUAACACAAAUAGGGUUAGUGAUGUCUGUCUGGCAAACAGAAAUAUGGGUGGUGUUGGAGGUACUGAAGCAACUCCAUUGCGCCAGCUUUUUGUCACAGUCAGUCCUAAACUUUGUUAUGCGGUGAAAAAUCAUGUUCUUCAAUUGAAAAGGUUUGUCAGCGGUGGAAACUUUUCUCUAGAGGGUGCUUUUCAAGAUGUUGAUGAUACUGAUGGUGCAGCACAGUUCAAGGAUAUUCCAGAUUCAUUUGUGGAUAUUCUUCCCAAGGCAUACCCACUUGUCAUAACUUUGCAAAAGUUUCUGAUUAUGCUUGAUGGAACAAUGGGCAACUCAUUCUUUGAGAAAUUCUAUGAUGCCAGGGAGCUAUCAAAUAUGGAAGUUGUAACUGCUCCAACCUUGGUACGAAAUUGUAUAAGAACAAAGGAGAUAACCUAUGAGAAGUUUUGUUCAAUUUAUUGGCCUCAUUUUAAUGCUAACCUGACAAAUAAGCUUGACUCAUCCAGAGUCUUCACAGAGAUAAUGUCUCAUAUAAAAGGAGGCUUGAGAUCAGGGAAUUCCUAUGAUGGUAGACUCAAUGCGGAGGAUUAUGUAAAACUAUCUGAGGGUCGGGCGUCUGCCUUAAGUUCACAUGAGAGGCAAAUGAUAUAUGAUAUUUUUCAAGAUUACGAAAAAAUGAAAGGAGAAAAUGGUGAGUUUGAUAUGGCUGAUGUUGUGGUUGAUCUCCAUGAUAGACUUCAAAAUGAAAGGUAUGAGGGUGACAUCAUGGAUUUUGUUUAUAUCGAUGAGGUGCAAGAUCUUACAAUGAGGCAGAUUGCUCUUUUCAAACAUGUUUGCAAAAAUGUAAGUGAAGGCUUUGUUUUCUGUGGGGAUACAGCACAAACUAUUGCCAGGGGUAUUGAUUUUAGGUUUGAAGAUAUACGAUCCCUUUUCUACAAUGAGUUUGUUUUGGAAUCAAAAUGUGAAACAAAUCAUGGGAAAAAGGAGAAGGGUCAAAUAUCUAAAAAUUUCCACUUAAGCCAGAAUUUUCGUACUCAUGAUGGCGUCCUGAGGUUAGCGCAGAGUAUCAUUGAUCUUCUUUACCAUUUCUUUCCUUCAUUUGUUGAUAUUUUAUGCCCUGAAACUAGUCUUAUUUAUGGGGAAGCCCCAAUUUGGCUUGAAUCUGACAACGAAGACAAUGUAGUUGCCAAAAUAUUCACAAACAGUGGUAAUGCCAGGGCACAUAUGGUUGGAUUUGGAGCAGAGCAGGUCAUAUUAGUACGUGAUGAUCCUGCCAAGAAUGAAAUUUUAAAGUAUGUUGGCAAGCAAGCUCUUGUUCUGACCAUAGUGGAAUGCAAAGGAUUAGAGUUUCAGGAUGUAUUAUUGUACAACUUUUUCGGUUCAUCACCUUUAAAGAAUCAGUGGAGAGUUGUAUAUGAAUUCAUGAAGGAGCAAGGCUUACUUGAUGCCAGUUGUCCAUCCCCAAGUUUCAAACAGGCAAAACACAACAUUAUGUGCUCUGAAUUGAAGCAGUUAUAUGUUGCCAUCACCCGCACAAGGCAAAGGCUGUGGAUUUGUGAAAAUGUCAAAGAGUUUUCCGAGCCGGUGUUCAAUUACUGGAAAAGGAAGUGCCUUGUUCAAGUUAGGAAGCUGGAUGAUUCUCUUGCACAAGCAAUGCAAGUAGCAAGUAGUUCAGAAGAGUGGAAGUCACGUGGUUAUAAGCUGUUGCAUCAGGAUAACUAUGAGAUGGCAACAAUAUGCUUCGAAAGAGCAAAUGAUACAUAUGGGGAAAAACUAGCUAAGGCCCUUGGACUUAGGGCAAAUGCUGACCGAUUGCAUGGAUCAAAUCCCGAAAUGGCUUCUAUUGCCAGGAGGCAGGCUGCUGAUAUUUUUGAUUCCAUUGGCAAGGCUGAGCGUGCUGCAGAGUGCUUUUACAUGUUAAAGGAGUAUGAAAGAGCGGGUCAGAUUUAUUUGGAAAAAUGUGGGGAAUCUGCUCUGGAGAGAGCAGCAGAAUGUUUUGUUCUUGCUGGAUGUUACAUUACUGCAGCAGAGGUGUAUGCAAAAGGCAACUAUAUCUCAAAAUGCCUGUCUGUUUGUACGAAAGGAAAACUCUUUGAUAUGGGAUUGCAAUACAUUCAAUACUGGAAACAACAUGCAAAAGCAGAUGAAGAAAUGGUCCAAAGAAGUAAGGAUUUGGAGGAGCUUAAGCAAACGUUCCUGGAGAACUGUGCCCGUCAUUAUCAUGAGAUUAAUGAUAAGAGAGCAAUGAUCAAUUAUGUCCGAGCGUUUGAUUCCGUGAAUUCAAGACGACAAUUCUUGCAGUCCUUAGAAUGCCUCGAUGAGCUCCUAUCAUUGGAAGAAGAAUCAGGGAACUUCUUGGAGGCAGCAAAUAUUGCUAAGUUGAGAGGUGACCUUCUGCUUGCUGCUGAUCUGCUUGGGAAGGGUGCACAAUAUGAGGAGGCUGUGCAUCUUAUUCUCUGGUUUGUGUUCGCUAACUCUCUUUGGUUAGCUGGGAGCACAGGGUGGCCGUUAAAGCAGUUUAAAGAGAAAGAAAACCUUCUAUCAAAAGCUAAGUCAUUUGCGAAGAAUUUGUCACGCUGGUUUUAUGGGCUUGUUUGUUCAGAGGCUGACAUUUUAUUGAACAAGCCAAGCAACUUGUUCUUGAUGAAACAAUAUUUAAGUGCUUCUCAGAUGCACAAGAGUACCCGAGGUGAAAUGUUAGUUGCUCGAAUAAUUCUAGAUCAUCACCUUCAUUUAAAUAUAUCGAAUUAUGAAUGGAUAGAUGAAUUGGUCUUUGAUCUAGCAAGCUAUUCAGAAGAGCAAAUUUAUAAUAACAGGGUUUCCAGCGAGACACUGGUCUACUUUUGGAAUUUCUGGAAGGAUAAAAUUUUGAAGAUAUUCGAGUAUCUUGAGCAUGCUGAAAACCAAUAUGGAACUAAUGAUUCUAGAAGAUAUGGAGAUUUCUGCUUGAAUUAUUUUGGUGUAUGGAGACAAUUUAACAAUCUGAAUCCUAUCUAUCUUCUGAAUUCUGACGCUGAAUGGCUGAGAAAACUGGAGAACAAACAUGUUUGCAGAAACCAGAAGCAGGUUUCUAUUUCAAUCCAUCAAUUUGUCUCAGCUGCAAGGAGUUAUUGGUGUUCAGAAUUGUUCUCUGUUGGCCUGCAAGUCUUGAAAAUGCUUGAGCUACUCUAUAAUUUCUCACACCGGAAUUCUUUGUCAUCUUUUAAUCAAAGCAGGUCUCUUACUCAUAUCUAUGAGGUUGCAAGUUUUCUGUUGAAUUCCAAGUUUCUGAACAGCCAGCAUGCAGAAAAGGAUUUGAUGAAGUUCGUCAACCUGUCAACAAAGCACUUCUUUGGCUAUAUAUUUCCUCUUGAUUGGCGAGAAUCAUUGAGAGAAAACAUGAUUUCUCUUAGAGAAACUGAAAUCUCAAGGAAGUUACUUGAAGAACUUAUAUUGCAAAGUACCGGAUCAAAAUGUAAUAGCUUGUCAUAUGGGAAAAUUGGAAAGGUGGCGUUGAUAAUUCUUGGAUCUGGUGAGCUUACUACUGAAUUUUUUGUGAAGAUUUUUGAAUGUUUACACUGGAAUAGACCAUGGAAGAACUUCAUUGUGAAUCUGAAAGAGGAUAGAGGUUCUCCUACAUUUUCUACGACUGACAAUAUCAGUGAAUUUAUUGGGGAGAAUAGAAGCUCAGGAACUACAACUGAAUCUGCUGCUUGUCAUAUCAAACAAACUGGGAGUAUUGAGCCAGUUAUUUUGAAGUUCCACGAAGCUUUACAAGAUACGUAUAAAGUAAACUGGAGGAAAAUAUCUGAUUAUAUGUCACCGGUUUGUUUCUUGUAUCUGGUUGAGCGCCAUCUAAUGUUGUUAUCCUUCGUCAACGGAUGCUUCUUCUCUACAAAGACGACAUUUGUGGAAUGGGUUGUAUACCUGGAUGGGAGACCCAGCUUAACUUCCAGUUUUGUGGCUGUUGAUAAACAAUCCUUGGAAGACAUUGUUAAAUUUGUAAUUGACAUGGUUCGGCAGUUCCUGUUUUGUAAGAGAGAGACCAUAGAUUGGAUCAAGAAGUCUGGUAUAGCUGUGAAGGAGUACCAUUCACUGCUGGUUUUGCGAUUGGUUCUCAUUACAUGUCUUCUUCAUUUGAACUUUGGCAAGGGCCUUGAUUUACUUUUUGACUUGCUGGGCCAAAAGAAUAUUACAGAACUACUCCCCUGGGAGUUUUAUGAUGCUCUUCGGAGAAGGCGGAGAAAUAAUCGUCUGAAUAUUGAUGUGAAUCUGCUUGCUAAUGCAUUUAAGAAAAUUGGAAACCCUCUGGUAAUAGUGAGCAUGCAUGGAAACUGUCCUAAAUUUGGAUGCAAAGAUGCUAUAUUUGUAGAUAUGAGGCUCAACGCAUGCAAGGAGGAAUUAUUGAGAAUUUUGUUCCCUAAAACUGGAUGUUCUCAAUAUCAAACUGCUGGUUUCUCUUGUGAAGAACUUCUUCCAGCCAAUUACAAUGAAGGGACGAGCUCAGAGGUUGUUCCGUUUUCAAGCUCGGUUUCUCUGUCAGAUCAAGACUUGAAUACUCAGAAUCAAAAUGUUGGUGAUCUGCAGUUUAACCAUGACCGUUUUUGGGAAAUUAUUGAAGCAUUAACGGCGGUGGAUGGUAUCAAAGAUCUAAGGACCUUUAUCUCGUAUGCUUCAACACUGAUGGUGUUUGUAGGAAAACUUGUUUCCAUCAUCGAUGCUGGAACAAAAGAAUAUUUGCUGAAGAAACCUGCAGGUGGUGAAGACGACGACUUUUCAAGGGAUGCAAUGAGCGUGCUCAAUCUAAUGAAUCAACUGCAUAGUGAACUAGAACCGAGUAAGCUGAAACUUGAAUGUAGCGUUCCAAUAAUUGGUGCCCUUUGCGAGGAGCUGCGUUCAGGGUGGUCUAUAAUGAUGCCUCUCCUGCAGCAGCAAGGCUACUUGGUAAAAGACGACAACCAUGCAUCUGAAGAAUCUGGUGAUCAUUGUGAUGUCGAAGAGAGUAUAAGGCUGAGGAAUGUAGUAAGGGUAAGAAGCCAGCUUCAGCAACUACUUUCAAUUCCAAACCCCAAGGGAACAGUAAAUCUAAGGAAAACAAGAAGAGUCGAGGCCGAAAUCGAAAGUAGAUAAACAUUCCUAAAAUUCAGACCUUCGUUUUAACUUGAUGGUUGAAAGUAAAUGAUAGAAGUUCUGGGAUGACUUGAAAGCUCAUCUAUCUACUUGAUAUUGAAAUCUGUAGUCUGAAUUGGGUUUGCAUUCUGUUUUUUGAACUGCAACCUUUCUGAAAAUCUCGGCAGAUUCCCAACUUUAUGGCCUAAACAUAUGGCCACCUUUCUCAUAACUGAUCCAGCU